ACUGCUCAGUGUAGUCGUGUUGUUGACGUAAUUGUUGUUUUCGGUCAUUAUUAUUUAUACGUGUUACUAUUAUUUUUAUCUGAUGGUUAGUGUUUCAUCUUAUAACAAUUUGUAAACUUUGGAUUGGAUGCAUAAGUGAAAUUACGUUUACGGUUAUAUGUUGAAGACUUUCGUUGGAAAUUUUUCUCAGCGCUAAUAUAAGUAUACAACAGAGUGAGUAGGUAUAACAUGUAGUGGUGCAGCAAAUUGCAAGGACAAAAAUGUUAUAAGCUGAAGAGUUUAGCAAGGAAGCUCAGUGCAGCAAUUGCCUAGCCAACACAAUUUUACAAUGUCCAAUUGUGAAGAGGAGUCAGCUGCAAUAGGCUUCCAUCAGCUCAGCAUCACAAUUGAGGCAGCAGCUUUAAAAAAUUCAUCUUUCUUGAAACCAAAUCCUUAUGUCGAGUUUUUGGUUGAUGACAAAUCUCCAAGAAAAACAGAAGUAACUAAGUCAACGUUACUGCCAAAAUGGAAUGAAGAAUUCACGGUAUUGGUAACUCCAUACUCUCAGUUGCACUUUCGUCUUUUGGACCACAGCUCGUUUCGUAAAGAUACUUUGAUCGGAGAAAAAAAGAUCAACCUCUACAAUAUCCUUGCUCAUUAUAAUGGCAAGUUGGAAAACUUGGAGCUUACUCUGGAUCUGUUAUCUGGCAGCAAACAUGAUUGGGCGCACGCCAAAGUUGGUGAUUUAAUCACUGUGUUUGAUAGACUCAAAGUUGAUAUGAAAACGGUUGCUCCGCCAAGCAUACCGAGACCAGAACAUGCAACACCAAACAAUGUCAGACAAAUGGUACUGCCACCAGCCAAUAACACAAUUACGGUACCCUUAGGGGCGAUGAACAGCGAUGGUGUGAACAAUCACAGCAUUCUAAGUGGUGGCGUGCGCGCUCGCAUGCGAUCCCAAGGUGCUGAAAACACGGCACCGAUGUCCUCGUUAACGGCAUCACCUUCAUCGCAUCAUCAGCCACUGAUGCAUUGCAACUCAUCCACAACACAGGAGUGCAGCAGUAAUGGCGUCCAGUCAACGGCAGACAAUGGUACCGAAGCCAAUAACUGUAGAACCGUCGCUGUUUACACGCCUUUUUCCCCUACCGGUACAACUAGCAGUUACGCAAGUGUGGCACCUGGUGUCACUUUGUCUGAACAACCGAAUUACUCACAUUUGGCUCAUCUGAGCGCCAUGCAGCCCUGUCCACCUGUAACGCCCGAACAGAUGAAUAACAUGCAGCCAGAGGAGCCCUUGCCCGCUGGUUGGGAGAUGCGAUAUGAUGUUUAUGGUAGGAGGUAUUAUGUCGAUCACAACACUCGUAGCACAUCCUGGGAACGACCGCAACCCCUGCCACUAGGCUGGGAGGUGCGUCGAGAUGCUCGAGGGCGAAUAUACUACGUGGACCAUAAUACUCGAAGCACCACCUGGCAAAGACCAAACACAGAAAGAUUGCAACAUUUCCAACAGUGGCAAGGGGAAAGGCAGUAUGUUAUUCAGCAGGGCAACCAGAGGUUCCUCUAUCCACAGCCCCAUCAAGCCGUAAUGUCCGGUCCGUCAACAUCAACGGCCGAGGAAGAUGAUGGAUUGGGUCCUUUGCCACCUGACUGGGAAAGAAGAGUGCACCCAGAAGGCCGCGUUUAUUACGUGAACCAUCGGAAUCGCACUACUCAAUGGGAAGAUCCUCGAACGCAGGGUCAAGAGACAAUGGAUGAACCACCCCUGCCUGAUGGAUGGGAAAUUAGGUUGACCGAGGACGGCGUGCGGUAUUUUGUCGACCACAAUACACGGACAACAACGUUUCAAGACCCGAGGCCAGGUGCUCCAAAAGGGCCCAAAGGAAUGUGUAGAGUACCCAGAGCGUACGAGCGGUCGUUUCGUUGGAAGCUGUCACAAUUUCGUUUCUUGUGUCAGACAAAUGCUCUGCCAAAUCAUAUCAAAAUUACUGUUAGCCGGCAAACGCUCUUUGAAGAUUCCUAUCACCAAAUAAUGAAUGCCGAGGCUUUCGCUCUCAGACGCAGACUGUACAUAAUUUUCAAAGGAGAAGAAGGUUUGGAUUAUGGUGGUGUAUCAAGAGAGUGGUUUUUCCUCCUAAGCCACGAAGUUCUCAAUCCGAUGUAUUGUCUUUUUGAGUACGCAAAUAAAAGCAAUUACAGUUUACAAAUAAAUCCUGCGUCGUAUGUUAAUCCAGAUCACUUGAACUAUUUUAAAUUUAUUGGAAGAUUUAUCGCAAUGGCCCUGUACCACGGAAGAUUCAUUUAUAGUGGAUUCACAAUGCCUUUUUAUAAACGCAUGCUAAACAAAAAAUUAAUAAUGAAGGAUAUCGAAUCUAUUGAUCCCGAAUUUUACAAGUCGCUCGUUUGGAUAAAAGAUAAUAACAUUGACGAAUGUGGUCUCGAACUAUAUUACAGCGUUGACUUUGAGAUUCUUGGUCAAGUAAUACACCAUGAGCUGAAAGAAGGUGGCGACAAAAUUAAAGUUGUUGAAGAAAAUAAGGAAGAAUAUAUUAGGUUAAUGACGGAGUGGCGAAUGACAAGAGGCAUUGAAGAACAAACCAAAGCAUUUUUAGAAGGAUUCAAUUCUGUCGUUCCACUAGAGUGGCUGAAGUAUUUUGACGAAAGAGAACUUGAGCUUAUGUUGUGUGGUAUGCAGGAAAUCGAUGUAGACGAUUGGCAGAGAAAUACUAUUUACAGGCAUUAUACUCGUAAUAGCAAACAAGUUGUAUGGUUUUGGCAGUUCGUACGUGCCGCAGAUAAUGAAAAACGAGCAAGGCUGUUACAGUUUGUUACUGGAACUUGCAGAGUUCCUGUUGGUGGAUUUGCAGAGCUCAUGGGGAGUAACGGCCCCCAGAGGUUUUGCAUUGAAAAGGUCGGCAAGGAUACGUGGCUGCCGCGUUCACACACGUGCUUCAACCGGCUAGACUUGCCACCCUACAAGAGUUAUGACCAAAUGGUGGAAAAACUCACCUACGCGAUCGAAGAAACGGAAGGUUUUGCUCAAGAAUAAAUCGUUAUUCUUAGUUAUCUUUUAUUUUUUAUUUUUUUGUUUUUUUCAAUGCCAAUUGUCUGUCGCUAUUUUUGAGUCAACGUGCAAACGCGAAACAGUUUGUUGGACUGAAAGGCCACUCUUUGGAGUCAAUUAAAAUUCUACUUCAAAGUGGUAUUGUGUGCUGUGUUUAUAAAAUAUUUUUAUUUAGUGCAUUUUAAGUUGUUUCUUACCAUGAAAAAUUUGUAUAUUAAUCAAUGCCUUUACUUUUACUUGUUUUUUAGAGAAAAUUUUUUUUAUUUAUUAAUUUA